CUGUGGAUACGAAUUGGCGUCACGAAACCCCGUGCCCCGUGGUGGUCAAAUCAGACGCUCCUUCGUCCUGCGGGGCCCCAAUCCACCGAAUGAUUUCGCCCCAAACCCAUCCCAACCCAACCCAACACAACACCGCGAGCUGCUGAUCUCACAGCACUACGCUCUCCUUUCUCGUUCUCCACUGCCGCUGCUGACGAGUGACGAGCACCGCGCACGCGCCGCAUCCACUCCACCUCGCGCGCCAGUACAAAUCGCAGGCCAGGGAAACCUCCUCGCCACCAGCCCCACGCCCGCAGCAGCACCAGCGGCGGGAGCAGGAUGAACGGCUACCGCAACCUCGCCUCGUCCCCUCCGGCGCCCAGCGGCGGGGAGCCGGAGCCGGAGCCAGCCCCGUCCCCGGCCACGGCGAAGGAGGGCAAGUGGGAGGGGGCGGCGGUCGGGGCGGCGACCAUGGUCAGGAACCUCUCGUCCGCCUCCCACAGGUUCGCGGCCGUGGAGCGGAGCAAGUCCACCAGCGGCCGCCGCUUCCAGGCGGUCGUGAGGAGGGCCUUCUCCAUGCGGAGGCAGCCGGCGUCCAGCCUCUCGGAGGGGUACUGGCGGAUCCACGACGGCCUGGACGACGGCGACGACGGCGCCGAGGCGCCAGAGGAGGUCGACGAGGAGAAGAAGCGUCAGGCGGAGCCGGAGGUGCCGGGAGACGCCGCGGCGAGCAAUGGCGAGGUCGAGAAAGAGGAGAGCGAGAAGAAGAAGAAGAAGCGGGGUCACAUCUUCAAGGCGUGCAAGAAGCUUCUUGGAUUCAAACGUGUCUAAUCUAGUCUGGUCAGCAGGAAGCUUCUUUCAUUCAAGAUCCAUGGACGUUCUCGAUGAUGUGCUUCCGCUCCGGAUCUUGUUCUUGUCUCGUUCGUCGUUUUGAGUAAAUAAAGGGCUUUGGUUCGUUGACUUGAA